GUUUCACUUUUCUGUUUCCUCUUCCCUUUCAGACACAGGAGAAAUCGUCAGCUGAUUUCUUGCUCUCUUCGAUUCCCUCCUAUAUAGGUGCUUGUCUCACUGACGUGGAGCACACCAGGAAGAUUGUGGAAGAAGAUCAUCCUGCUGCCCAGCAUUUUGGAACUGCAAAGACACAGACUGCGAGCAUGAGUAAAGUCACUGAGACUUCCCUGGAAGAAAUCCUUCCACAGCUGAAAUGCCAUUUCACCUGGAACUUAUUCAAAAAACGACGUGCCCCAAGUGAUUUAGAAGAGAGAGUAUGCAACCAGAUUGAAAUUUUAAACACUGAGCGCAAAGCUACAAUGUACAACUUGUUGGCCUACAUAAAACACUUAAAUGGCCAAAAUGAGGAAGCUCUGGAAUGCUUAAAACAAGCUGAACAGAUCAUUCAGCAAGAGCAAAAUGGUCAAGUGGAAGUCAAAAGCCUGGUCACCUGGGGUAACUAUGCCUGGGUCCACUAUCACAUGGGCCAGCUGUCAGAAGCUCAGACUUACGUAGACAAAGUGAGACACACCUGUGAGAAGCUUGCAAACCCCUACAGGAUUGAGCGUCCUGAGCUUUAUGGCGAGGAAGGGUGGACACAUCUGAAGUGUGGAAGAAAUGAAAGCGCUAAGGUGUGCUUUGAGAAGGCUCUGGUAGAGAAUCCCAGCCACCCAGAGUUCUCCUCUGGGCUAGCAAUUGCGCUGUAUCAUCUAGAUAAUAACCGAUCUAAGCAGUACUCUGUCAGUGUUCUGCAACAGGCCGUGGAGCUGAAUCCUGACAACCAGUACUUAAAAGUUAUCUUGGGCCAGGCACUGAGGAGGAUAAAUAAAGAAGCUGAAGGGGAGCAGCUUGUUGAAGAAGCCCUGCAGAAAGCUCCUUGCCAGACAGAUGUCCUUCGCAAUGCAGCCAGAUUUUACAGACAAAAAGGUGACUGGGACAAAAAUAUUGAACUGCUUCAAAGGGCAUUAAAAUGUACCCCAAAUAAUGGCUAUCUCUAUUGCCAGAUUGCAUACUAUUACAAGGCAAAAAUAAAAAAUAUGCAGAAUGCAGGAAAGCCUGGAGAUAUUGAGAAGAUUGAAGAACUAAGAAGAUAUUAUCUAAACGAAGCUCAUGAAAAGGGACUAAAGGCCUUUGGUGCAGACUCUAAUUUCUCUGAGUUCCUGGGAGAAGAAGAAGAAGAAGAAGACUAUGGGACAGUCUUCAAGAAAGACUUUCCUGAUGCUGAGAGAGAAGCAUCCCAUCAGAACUCUUGCCACCUGCAGCUGCAUCACAAGAGGUCUGAAGACACUCCUGCCCAGCAUUAUUUAGGGGAUUUGCCUACAGGCAAAAAAGCAAGCGAGAAUGAAAAGUUGAAACACCUCAUAAAGAACGGAGAUGAAAAUGUGUCUCCACAGAAUGCAUCACAUUCUUAUUAUCUCCGAGGAUUAACUCACAAGCAGGAUGGAAAUCUAUCACAAGCAGCCGAAUGUUUUGAGAAGGGAUUGGGCCACCUGCUAAGGAAUACUGCUUCAGGCAUAGGUGACUUUUUCCUGUCAGCAUCUGGGCCUGAAGGUGGCAAUGAAAAAAUGAGCCAGGCCACAGGCAACCCGAUCCCCAAAGAACUCCACGAGGACUGAGCAAGGAUACAGAGGAAGGGUUCCUGAAGGGUGACUGCCUGUCAAGAGAAGAUUAAUCUCCCUUCCUUUACCUUGCUUCCUCCAGCCUUCCAGGUCUAGAAGAGUACCUCCUAGCCAACCCUAGAAUAUUCUUGAUGUCUUACUUCUGGCCUUAGUUAUGUCAUUACAUGAAUUCUGAUAGUGAUUGCUGGGUUCUGUGCAGUGGGUGUGGACAACAUGAAGAUAUAAAGAGAACAGCUCUCCUGUUGGCAAGGCCGCGAGGAGCUUGAAGCUGUAUGGCAAGGCCUGGCGGAUGUUUCUUCCAUCUCCUCAAUGCAGAUUCAGCCCUUUUGCAUGGACACUCAACCAUCCUGCCAAAGAAUUCUGUAAUCUACUGAGGCACUAUUGUUUGCCCUUUGUGAGAUGGUUUUUGCAGCCAAUGUGAGCUUGGGAGUUAACGUUGCUAAUAAUGUCUUCAUGAAUGGGCCUUUAACAAUUUCCACACAGGAAUACAAUUAAGCCCAUGCCAUUUCUUAUGGUGUGCUUAACUAUUGCCCGGGAACCUGGCCCAGACAAGUAUCAUGCCUUCUGGGAAAUGGCUUGAUAUGUAUCCUAAAAAUUAAUGGAAGUGAUGGGAAUAUAAGCUGAAACUACUAUGGUGAUACAAAUAGUUACUGUUAACUUAAAGGCUAGCCUGUCUUUGCAAUUCUUUGGAGCAGAUAAAAUGUAUCUAUUUCUGCCUUUAUGAUUUUUGGCUAGAGGAAUUAAAGGAUGCUUUUAUUAAUGCUAUAGAAAUAUGCCUUUAAUUAUUGUUUGUUUAUGGGGUUGUAAAGCUCGUAGUUGUAGAGGGAUUUAAUGUUUAAAAUUUUACUCUGAAUUUUUGUGUUGUUUUUUUCUCCUUAGGAUAUGUUUUCCUUGAUAGGUAAUAGGUAAGUUGUAAAAAUAGAAGUAUUUUUUCUUUUAAUGUAUUUCUCCAUUUAAGUGAUAGGUAAAUUGUAUCAGUAGAAAUGUGGUAGGAGUGUAUUACUGAUCAAUGGGUAAUUGCAUGUGCUUUGGCCUUGUAGUCCUGGCUGUCACCCCAGUAGCUACUAUUGAAGAAUGAAUAAUGGCUUGCUUUCAAGAAAAUGAAUAUAGUAUUUUGCAGAAUUGUCUUUAAGAGUACCUGUUUAGUCAUGAAAUAAAAAUAGAACAAUCAAGUGUGUGUGCAGAAGUUUGUGAUAUAUCUGA